CGAAACUGGUUCAAAGAUGCAGAGAUCUGGGAGCACUGGCAAGAUUUGGCAUCGAAGAAAGCACUCUGUUGAGAUUGAUAGUGAUGUACUUCAAACUGAGUUGAAUCGUAAUCUGGCUACAACAAUCGAGCAUUCCAAAGAUGGCAAGCUCCAAUCGGUUUCAGAUUCAGCUAGCUCCCAUUCUACUUCACUUCAGGUGCAAAAUGUAUAUCAAUUUCGACACAAUAAGAGAGAAGAAUGGGCAGCGAUACGAAUCCAAACAGCCUUUAAAGGAUUUCUGGCUAGACGAGCUUUACGUGCUUUAAAAGGAUUGGUCAGACUUCAAGCUCUUGUCAGGGGUCAUGCUGUAAGAAAGCAAGCUGCGGUUACACUUCGUUGCAUGCAGGCUUUAGUAAGAGUUCAGGCUCGUGUCCGAGCGAGGCGUGUUCGUAUGUCCUUAGAGACUCAAACGGUGCAACAGAAACUCGAACAACAGCUUGAACAUGAGGCUCAUGUUAAAGAAAUUGAAGAUGGGUGGUGCGACAGUGUCGGGUCUGUUGAAGAAAUUCAAGCCAAGUUGUUGAAAAGGAAGGAGGCAGCUGCUAAGCGUGAAAGAGCAAUGGCAUAUGCUUUAGCUAACCAGUGGCAGGCAGGGUCAAGGCAGCAGGUAACACUAACUGGUUUCGAACCAGACAAAAGCAACUGGGGCUGGAAUUGGUUGGAGAGAUGGAUGGCUGUUCGCCCUUGGGAAAACCGCUUUCUAGACAUUAACCUUAAAGACGGCGUCAAGAUUCGAGAGGAUGGAGGACCAGUACUUGAUGUUGUGAAGAAUAAUCCAUCCACAAAUCUGUUCAAUUCCGUAACAGGAAAGAAACCUGCCGCGAAUAUUUCAAAUGGGAAGGCUCCUUCUCGUUCAAUCCAGAACGAGAAGAGGGCUGUGUCCAAUUCUGAUGGCUGCAGCAGUUCUUCACCCAAUAUGUCGGCCAAUGUGCAAGAGACACCUGGCGAGGAAACCACCAACUCUAAGCCCAACGUUGUUGCCUCAAGAUCACACAGUAAUCCGAAGGAAAGGUCCUCCCUCGCAAAUCCACAAGGAAAGAAGCGAUUGUCCCUUCCUAGCAGCGGUCUCUCUCUCUCUCUCUCUCUCUCUCUCUCUCUCUCUCUCUCUCUCUCUCUCUCUCUCUCUCUCAUGUAUGGAUUAUGUUUUUAACAUGUUAGCUUUUCA